CUGCCUCAAAUUCAAAUUCUGAAUAUUUGUGAAUGAAGAAAGAGAGAGAGAGAGAGCUACUUCGUACCGGGGUUAUAUCAACGCAUUUAUUCUGAGUAGUGCAAUCAUCCCCUUCUCACACAAAAUCUGGCAACAAACGACAUUGAUAUUCGUGGAUGAAUGAUCUUGUACCUUAAUUGAAUGAUCCAAUGCCUAUCAAUAAGUUGUACUCCCUCAGUCCGCGAAUAGGAGUCCCGUUUUUCCAUUUAGUCCGUCCGUGAAUAAGAGUCUCGGUUCACUUUUACCAUAAAUGCUAUUCAGCCACAAAUUCAAAUUCUGAAUAUUUAUAAUUGAGUCUUGAUAGAGAGAGAGCUUCUUCCUACCGGAGUUAUAUGCAAGUACUGAUACCCAGCAACUAUCUCUCUGCAACUAUAGAAGGAGCAGCUUCUGCAGCCAUCGAAGUUGUUGUUCAAAACCUGAUCAACGUUUUGAAGGAAGAGUACUCUUUGAUUCGAGGUCUCGAUGGAGCUGCCUGACAGCUGCAGAGGACUUUGGACAUGAUCCAAGCCUUCUUGAAUGAUGCAGAGAAGAAAUCCAUCACUGAAAAUGCUGUCAAAUUAUGGUUAAGGGAGCUUGAAGUCAUGGCUUUCGAAGCUGAUAAUGUCUUGGACGAACUCAGCUAUCAACUUCUACAAAAACAAGUGGAGAAAAUGAAGACAUCCAGUCACAGUCCCAAGGCCAAGGAUUGGGUACUAUCAUGCAUCUUAUCCUGCAAAAGCAUUAUGCGCCGGCGUAAUAUGGCUAACACAAUGAAAAAAAUCAAUGCGGAGUUUGAGUCUAUGAACCAAAGGGCAACAGAUCUUGGCCUUCAAAGCAUAGUUCAAAAUGCACCUAUUGCUACUCAUAUUUCCACCGAGACUAAUUCCAUCAGGAGUGAUCCAAUCUUUGUCGGAAGAGAUGAUGAUGUCUCUAAAGUUGUUUACAUGCUGACCCGUAUCCCCCAAGAUCGGACCAUCUCCAUCGUUGCUCUUGUCGAAAUGGGGGGUAUGGGAAAGACCACGUUGACUCGGAAUGUCUUCAAUCACAAAAGGCUAAAGACAUUCGAAUCACAUAUUUGGGUUCAUGUUUCUCAAACUUUUGAUCCAAUUGGUCUCUACAACAAAAUCCACUCAACAUUGACUCCAACCACCAGUGAUAGAGUUGAGCGAGUUGAGCAUGAGGAAAUUAUCCUUAAAAAGCUUCAAGAAGCUCUCAGGGCUAAAACUUAUCUUCUUGUUCUUGACGAUGUUUGGAAUGAAGAUGUUCUGAAAUGGGAAACCUUUAUAAAUAACAUUGAGGGAGUUUCUUCUAAAGAGGGAAAUGGCAUUAUCAUCACUACCAGGAGUCAAAAGGUUGCUUCAAUUGUUAACCCAUUUUAUAUUCAUCGAGUGAAUGGCUUAUUAGAUGAACAGUGCUGGUCCAUAAUAAAAAGAAAAACUUUUGAUGGAAAUGCAGAAGUUCCACCAGGAUUUGAGACGAUAGGGAAAGAGAUUGCAAAAAGAUGUUAG